UCUCUGUUGCUGAUUCAUCCAAUUUGCAUUAGGGUUUCAUCUUGUUCUCGUACAGAGGGACAAGGAAGACGACGAUGGUGUGUGGGAAGUGUGAGAAGAAAUUAUCAAAAGUAAUUGUUCCAGACAAGUGGAAGGAUGGUGCAAGUAAUACAACCGAAGGCGGUGGUCGUAAAAUCAAUGAGAACAAGCUUCUAUCCAAGAAGAACCGGUGGACGCCGUAUGGCAACACAAAGUGCAUUAUAUGCAAGCAGCAAGUUCACCAGGAUGCUAAGUACUGUCACACUUGUGCUUAUAGCAAAGGAGUGUGCGCCAUGUGUGGGAAGCAAGUUCUAGACACGAAGAUGUACAAGCAAAGCAAUGUGUAAAAAGCGUUUCUAAUUCCCUUGUACAAUCUUUAAACCAUUGAAACAGAGGUUCUUAAGAGAAGGGUACAUUUCAAAACUGCAUCUGUUCCAUUUUCGUUGUCUCUUCUUUUAAGAUUCCUGUAAUGUUUCAGACAGAAUCUAAAGUGGAAAUGAAAGUCGGCAUGACAAUUUGCACUGUUUA